CACUGACUGAAGUCCCACUCUAUUCAUGACAGAUUUUUUACUUCCUGUUGUUGUUAGCUGCCCUCAAAUCAGUUCUGAUUAAUGGCAGCUCCACUUACAAAAAUGCAUAGUGUCGCCUGGUCCUGUGCUGUCUUCAUGACUAGUGACAUGCUCCAAUCUGUGUAUUUUGAGUGUAUUUUUACCCUACUGGGAAAUUUGGGGCUGGUUUUAUUAGUCACAGCAGAUGCCCGACUUCACAAUCCGAUGUACUAUUUUCUGUGCAUGUUAUCCAUCUUGGAUGCCUGCUAUUCUUCAGUUGUCACUCCAAAAAUGUUGGUCAAUUUUCUGACAGACAAUAAAGCCAUUUCAUUUAUUGGAUGUGCAACACAGAUGCUGCUCUUUGUCACUUUUGGGACCACAGAAUGUUUUCUCUUGGCGGCAAUGGCAUAUGAUCGCUAUGUAGCAAUCUACAACCCACUUCUGUAUUCAGUUAACAUGUCACCCAGAGUCUAUGUGCCACUCAUCACUGCUUCGUAUGUUGGUGGUAUUGUGCAUGGUACUUUACACACAGUUGCAACUUUUAGCAUCUCCUUCUGUGCAUCCAAUGAAAUUAGACAUGUCUUUUGUGAUAUCCUUCCACUCCUUGCUAUCUCCUGUUCUGACACUCACAUCAACCAGCUCCUGCUCUUUUACUUUGUGGGUUCUAUUGAGGUAUUCACCAUUCUGAUUGUCCUGAUCUCCUAUGGCUUCAUUCUGUUGGCCAUUCUGAGGAUGCACACUCCUGAAGGGAGGCAAAAAGUCUUUUCCACUUGUGGUUCUCACUUAACUGGAGUGUCAGUUUACCAUGGAACAAUCCUUUUCAUGUAUAUGAGACCAAGUUCCAGCUAUGCUUUAGACCAUGACAUGAUAGUGUCUGUAUUCUACACCAUUGUGAUUCCCAUGCUGAAUCCCAUCAUCUACAGUUUGAGGAACAAAGACGUAAAAGAAGCAAUGAAAAAAGUGUUUGAGAGAAGUUGGUUUGUAAAGUACACUUUUAGCGUUGAGUAAAACUGAAAAGAAUGUUGGAUGUUAGUCCAUAUUUCUACUCAAAAUUAUUGAAGAAAAUGUCUUGCUUGUAGUUAAUAGUGUCCAUAUGUUCUAGAACAUUUUCAAAUAAACCAUUAAUUAAUCUUUCAAUGCAUAAUUUUACAAGUACAAAUAAAUUUUACCUCUAUAUACCUAUGGCUGUAUUCAAAAUGAUCCAUAUUAAACAUUUAUUGAUGAAUUAGUAUUUGUAUAAUUGUAUUUUCACUUACUAUAAUGAUGAUGGAAACCCUGGUGGCGUAGUGGCUAAGUGUAACGGCUGCUAACCAAGGGUCUGCAAUUCAAAUCUGCCAGGUGCUCUUCAGAAGCUCUACAUAGCAGUUCUACUCUGUCCCACAGGGUUGCUACAAGUCAAAAUCAACUCGACCACAACAGGUUUUGGUAUAAUGGUGAUGCCCUCAAAACUCUAUGAUUUAACUUAGCCUCACAUUUUUUAUAACAAUUACUCAGCACUCUUUUGGAAGUUUAAUUCCUCACUCUGCAAUCCCUGUGAAGAAUCUCCCAAAGGUUACUUUACUUGCCCUCUGUGCCCUCACACAUUCAAAUCCAUGCAUCCUCUGAGCAUGUCUUUUGCCUUGUUUGGCUCAAUACCAUAUACUUUUAUUCUGUUAUUAAAGUUUUUCAUUGACAUUGCCCAGUCUCAGGAAUUGACUCUAUCCAUUUUGAAAAUAUGAAAUAUAUACUGAGACUAAACAAAAUCAGUAGCUAUUGAGCCUACUUCAACUCUUGUGACCCCAAGUAUGUUACAGUAGAACUGUACUCCAUAGGUUAUUCAAUGGCUGAGUUUAUGGAAGUAGAUCACCAGGCUUUUCUUUUGAGGCAUCUCUGGGUGAGCUCAACAUCCAAACUUUUGAUUAUCAGCUGGGUGUAUUAAACAUUUGUACUUUCCAGGAAUCCCAUGCUAAGACUUUAUUGUUGUUAUUUGUUAGGUUGCUGUCAAGUCAGCUCCUACUCUUGGUGACCUUAUGUAUAACAGAAUGAAAUAUUGUCUGAUCCUGUGCCAUCCUCACAGUCUUUGAUCUGUUUGAACUAUUGUUGCAGCCACUGUGUCUUGUCUAUCUCUUGAAGGUUUUCCCUCGUUUUUGCUGACCCUUUUCUUUACAAAACAUGUUGUCGCUUCCUAGUGAUUAAUCUUUUCUUAGGAUGUGUCCAACAUAAGCAAGACAAAGCAUAGCUACCUUAACUUCUAAGGAACGUAAUGGCUGUACUUCCUUCGUUAUGGAUUUGUCUGUUCUUCAGAAUUUCCAUGGUAUAUUCAAUAUUCCUUGCCAACACCACAAUUCAAGUUAUUGUAGUGAUACUGAGACCAGGUAGUAAUAUUUAUUGAGAGUAUACUUAUAGCCCAGGGAAAACAAAGCUAUAACACAGAGAAUAACCAAAGAUAUAACUUAGAGAAUAACCUACAACUGACUACUAUGUGUGGUUUCUCCAAGAUCUGAAAAACUAGCCCACCUUUGGGAAACCCUUUAGUGAUCUUAGUUCAAUUUCUGUUGUUGUUAGUUGCCAUUGGGUUGAUCCUUAGUUCUACCUUUAUUCAGUAAAUGUGAGGAACAGUCUUGCACUGGCCAUUGUUCCUCAAAGUUCCUCAAAAGCCCAAUGAUCCAGGCCCAGGAAAUUAAAAUAGAUCCCACAUCAC